AUGUCAUUGGCAAAUAUUACUAUUCCAGGAUGUAAUUACAUAAAUAAAACAGGAACGAUUCUUUUUACAAACCUUGAUUGGACGAAAUACGAAGCAUCCAUGAAUCGACUUAUAUUAUCAAUGAAAAUUAUUUGGAUUCUCGUCAUCACCUUCACAAUUCUGGGAAAUACUUUGGUGUUGAUUGCGACCUGGAGAGAAAGAAGUCUUCAUCAACCGAAUAAAUAUUUCAUCGCUUGUCUGGCUGUCGCUGAUCUUUUGGUUGGUUUAUUGACAACACCACUGAAGGUGUAUCAAUACAAUCUCAACUACAUAUCGUUAAAAGGCAUGUCCAUUCAUUUUUGUCGUUUUAUAGUAUGGAUAGAUACCUUCCCGUUAAUAACGUCCAUUUUUACUCUCACAUUCAUCAGUUUUGACCGAUAUCUCAAAAUAACCAAACCUUUUAAGUACAAAUCCCUAAUGACAAGUUCCAAAGCAAUGAAAAUAAUUUUCGUGAUUAUUUUCGUUUCAACUGCCUUUGCCACUUACUCCGCCACACCUCAAUCGGGCAGCAGCGGAAUUCUGGUUACAGGAAGCGGUUCUUGUUUUCGAUCUGAUCGUAAAGUUUACUACUUUAUUUUGUUCAUAAGUACGUUCCUCCUCCCCUCCGUUGUUAUAUCGAUUAUGUACGCUCUAAUUUUCCUUGCUGCACAUCAGCGACAGAAUAUGUUACGAAAUGGCGAACUUGGCCAAACCUCUGGCAACCUAAACCAGAGAACUAGUGCUCUUCGACAAGAUAUGAAAGUGAUUCGGAUGUUGGUGAUCAUUAUGGGGGUAUUCAUACUUUGCUGGAGCCCUUGGUUUAUCUUGGUCGCCUAUUUGUUGUUCGUUAACCCUCCACAUCUUUGUGUAUGGUUUGGAAAUCUAAGCGACUUGUUUGCAGCCAACAUAAUUUAUCAAGCAGCGAACACACUCCCUCUAUUCAACAGUCUCUGCAAUCCAAUCAUUUAUGCUUGGCUAGAUCAAAAGUACAGGGAAGCCUUCAAACAUCUGUUUCGUCAAACCAUCAGUUGGUUUAGAUCGAGAUUCAGGUGA